AUGUUUUCAACGUUUACAGUCGUUCUAGCAUGCAUUGUUCUCAUCGUUGGCAAAGGAGAAGCUUUUUCUGAUUACGAAUGCGUAGAUGAGGAAGAGGAAGGAGAUGUGAACUGUAAAUUAAACUGGAAAAGAGAUGUGCACCUGAAACUGCUUUCGAAACAGGUGCCAUAUUUUGUCAGAACACAUGCGACCUUUGUGACGUUGACAUAG